CUCACACUGAAGGAGGCAGAGGCAACAGCUACAGCAACAGCACGCUCCUUCCCCAUCCUCCCUCUCCUCUCUCAUAAUCCCACAUCCACGCCGGGGGAGAUGGAGGGCGCCCUGACCCGCUGAGGAGCACUGUUUGAAGGAGAGGAGAAUCUCACAUGAGCCCCCCUCCCCCUCCUCCCCUCCUGUGAGUGCUUGGAUCAUAUUUUUGGGACAAUAACCAACAAGGAGUGAAAGGAGGUGUGUAUACAAACGAGCCUGCCGGCGGGAGGGAGGGAGAGAGGGAGCAGGAGAGAAAAGAGGAGGAUGAGUGGCAUGUUUGGUACAGCUGCUGAUGCCAGGGUCUGAGAGUGAGACAGAGACGCACUGAGGAGUGGAGGGCUGGCACGUGUGGAGCAACUUGUGGGCCGAGAGGAGAGGAAAAUCACAUACGCACACAGCUGGACAGAUGAGGAGGCAUCAGGGACCACGCUUCAGUCCUGGGUGCAUGGUGCACUGACCCUGCCUGCAACAGGUGAGGAGUCAGAGGACCAGGGCCAUGAUUGGCUCUCCUGGCCCUGGUGGGCGUGCCUUAGUGCCAUGGCCGAGGGUGUGGGGAUGGGUCCUGGCUGCUUCUCUGGUUGCUGUAAUAACCUUAACGCUGCCAGGAAGUAGCCAGGCCUGUCCGCCACGGUGCGAGUGUUCGGCUCAGCUGAGGUCAGUGUCGUGCCAACGUCGGCGGCUCACAAACAUCCCAGAGGGCAUCCCCACAGAGACACAGCUUCUGGACCUCAGCAAGAACCGGCUUCGCUGGGUGCAAGCAGGAGACCUGGCACCGUACCCGCGGCUGGAGGAAGUGGACCUCAGUGAGAACCUCAUCGCCACAUUAGAGCCUAAUGCCUUCGCCACCCUCCAGAGUCUUAAAGUGCUGAAGUUAAGGGGAAACCAGCUGAAGUUAGUGCCCAUGGGGGCUUUCGCCAAGCUGGGUAAUCUGACCAGCCUAGACCUGAGCGAGAACAAGAUGGUGAUUUUACUGGACUACACCUUCCAGGACCUGAAGAGUCUGAAACAUUUGGAGGUUGGAGACAACGACCUGGUCUAUAUCUCCCACAAGGCGUUCUCAGGGCUGCUGGGGCUGGAAGAUCUGACAGUAGAGCGCUGCAACCUGACAUCCAUCUCUGGCCAGACGCUGUCUUACCUGCGCAGCCUGGUCACACUUCGCCUUCGUCACCUCAGCAUCAUUGCCCUGGAGGACCAGAACUUCCGCAAGCUCUCCAACCUGCGGGGUCUGGACAUCGAUCACUGGCCGUACCUAGAGUACAUCUCCCCUCUAAGUUUCCAGGGCCUGGACCUCCACUGGCUCUCCAUCACCAACACCAACAUCACCUCCGUCCCCUCCGCCUCCUUCAAGAACAUGGUGCACCUCACGCACCUCAACCUGUCCUACAAUCCUAUCACUACACUAGAGCCGUGGGCCUUCAAGGACCUGCUGAGGCUGAAGGAGCUCAUCAUGGUAAGCACAGGGUUGAUGACGGUGGAGCUCCAUGCCCUUGGAGGCCUUCGACAGAUCCGGGUCCUCAACUUCUCCUCCAACGACCUGCAAACUCUCGAAGAGGGCUCCUUCCACUCUGUCAACAGUCUGGAGACACUCAGAGUGGAUGGGAACCCCCUGAUGUGUGACUGCCGUCUGUUGUGGAUCCUGCAAAGACGCAAGACCCUCAACUUUGACGGCAGAGUGCCGGUGUGUGCGGGGCCGGUGGAGGUGCAAGGGGUCAGCCUCAGCGCCUUCACCGAUUCUGCACUCUUCGAUCACUUUACAUGCCAGAAACCUAAGAUACGCAACCGUAAACUGCAGCAGGUGCUCGCUCGUGAGGGCCAACCUGUGAGUUUUCUGUGUCGAGCUGAAGGAGAACCUGCACCUGCUAUUGUCUGGAUUUCCCCCCAGCGCAGGCGGAUCACAGCCAAGAAUUCAGGGCGCAUUACUGUCCUUCCCAGUGGCACCCUGGAGAUCCGCUACGCCCAGCUUACUGACAGUGGAACAUACAUCUGCAUCGCCAGUAACGCCGGAGGCAAUGACACCUACUUUGCCACGCUCACAGUGCGCGGCCAGCCGCUGGAUGCCGCCUCAGCCUUUUUUCUCAACCGCUCGCUGUACAGCGGCGAGUUCUUCAACGACACAAAUCUGAACAGCACGCGCGUUUUCCUCAAGUUCACCUUGGACCUGACCACCAUUUUGGUCUCCACAGCUAUGGGUUGCAUCACCUUCCUGGGGGUGGUCCUCUUCUGUUUCCUGCUGUUGUUCGUGUGGAGCCGGGGACGCGGCCAACGCAAGAACAACUUCACAGUGGAGUACUCCUUCCGGAAAUCUGAACCCGUCACGGGCAGCUCCUCAGGAGGGACCAGGAAGUUCAAUAUGAAAAUGAUAUGAAACAACGCAGCCAGGGGUCCCUCGGGGGAGGCAUGAGCACGUCCCAAAGACGUGUUUGACACACGCAAACACACACAGCCACUGACUCACAAAGAAGUGUUAAAGCACAAUAUAUGAUAAUAAUAAGUCCUUGUCUAUGGCUCUAUUUAAAAUUGAGGAACCACAUCAAAACAGGAGCCAUGACUCGAUUUGGUUUGAUUUGUGAACAAAAUCAAAAUGACCCUGAUCUCUCUCUGGUUUAAUUCAGCUUGUGGUGAAAACAGUAUCGAUAGAUUGGAAGGAGCUUCUUGUCGUCCAUGUUUGAUAAGAAUAAUAGAGUUAAGAUUUAAAGGAGAUAAGUUUUGGAAAUUGGCAUGAUCACUGAACUGUGGGAUAUUGGUAGCCCUGUUUCUCUGUUGCAAUAAUGAGAUAAUGAAAAAUAUCUUCUCUUUCAUUUCCCUUUACUGUAUCAUGUGCAGUCAGGGAUUUUAAAAGAAAUGUGAUGCAGGGAAACCUGGCUACCAUCCAUUUAUAGUAUUUUUAGCUUCUAAAGUCUGCCUUGUUAAGAAUCAUGCAUGCAGAAAUGCAGUUGAGCGUUAAGUUGUAAGUUUAUACCACUAAAUAAAACAAAUUGUUUUGAAAAACAGUUUGAAUAUGUUUUUCUACAGCAGCCUCCUUUAUCUAGUCUGACCACGGCUGAACAGUGAGGAGGGUUCUUCAUUAACAUUGUCAUACAUCAAGCUUAAUGGCUGUAAAACAUGAUCUGAUAAUUAUUGCUCAUAAGAAGCAGCGGAUCUGGAUUUGGACCAUUCACAGAAAAAAGAUUUCUUCUUUGUGAGAUUUUGCGACAACAUUAGCUGUGUGAGUUUGGGACGAGUGCGCCGGCCGAGAGCUGCCGUGGCUGCCCGUGGGCCCCGCAGGGUUUGGUUAGGAAGUCAAGCUCAACGGACACGGGCAGCCAUGGUAACCACAGCAACCAACACAAUAGAGAGCAAUGGGGACCGGGCUGGUGGCCACAGGAGGAUCGCUGAAGGAGAAGGGGAUGGAGGGUGAAAAAAAGAGCUCUCUACAUCACAAGUUCAUGCUCUUUCAUGUGAGGAAAGGGUCAACCUGCCGCCUCCAUGCUCCGUCCCCGCCCUCUGCUGUGUUGGCGGACGCCUGACCUUCCCAGCGCUGCCAGGGGGGAGCAGCCCGGAGGGUCGGGUCAUACUCAGAGGCAGACAGAGGACACACAGUAACACCGUGAGGGGCUUCAAAUAAACACACACACACUCAUAGCAACAUAUGUAUAGCACCUUUUCUCAGGAAAAGUGAAACAACUAGCCUACAGAGUAUAACCACAAAUACAUGCUCUGUUCAAAUAUAACAUUCCAGCAAUACUGUAUGUAGAGCCAUGAAGCCAAAAUGCAUUCUCUAAGAGAGAAGUGAUGUAAAUGUUUGAAACAAAGCCAUAGUACGUGUAGGUUGUUUUUUGUUUUUUUGUUUUUUUAUACAGUAGUGUGUGCAUGAUUCAGUUAUAUAAUAAUAAUUAUUGCUACUGCCAUCUUACAAGCUGGUGUGAUGAUCACAAGACCAUCUGCUGUCGCUGGGCUUGCAUAAAGUUGCACCCCAUAUUACACGCACGCACACACACACACACACACACACACAGAUAGGUGGUAAAACCUCAUCAAGGUUAGAUUGAUAGCAACAACAAUCACAGUUACACAUGAAUAAAGAUACAAAUUGAUGAAGCAGCGCAGCAAUCACAGAGUGUGACGCUGGUUCUCUCUCUCUGCCUCUGAGACGGUCGGUGUGCGAAUGUCUCUGCCCCCCUAGCCCAGUGCAUCCCCCCCUCCUCACCCCCACCUCCCCAUACACCCCCACUGGGUCCUCCUUUGGGAGGGGUCCCUGGCUGGAGAUCGAGGAUUCAAAAUGUAAAUGAAGUCGUGUUAACCCUACCCACGCCAUGUGCAUCGUAUAGUGGAGAGUAGUACUGUGGUUUUAAAAGCAAACAAAAAAAACUAAAAACUUUAUUUGAAGUGUUCUGUUGCUUCUUGUUUGUCCUCCAUUUUAAUUUCCUCAGUUGUUGUUCUCUGUGACCUUUUGGCUGUUUUUUAAAGCUCCCCGUCCUCUGUGUGGGACUGCUCUGUUCUCAACACACAAUAACAUUCCCAAACACGAGGCACUUUAGCCUGUUUGCAUCUCAUUGUGCGAAUCAACUGGAACCGAAGAAGCAAGACGUGAUCUAGCACCGGAAACACACCAACUGCAGCGAGCAGCACGCUGCUUUGCAAUGUCUAUGGAGAGCUGUGCAGCCAAACUUGAAGUUGGAGAUGGUUUAAGUUUAAGCGAUUUGUUGAGAAUACAGGCAUCCAAUCAGUAAAUAGAGUCUUGGGACUCCUUUAAUUAUUGCACCAGCUGGAUUUUGCUGCUGUUUGGUGUGUUCUCCGCCUAAAGCAGUGGUUCCUAAACAAGUGUCACAAAUAAAAUUGGAGCAGUCGCCAGAUGGUGGACAGGAUAAGAAAGAGGAACAAAAAAAUGCUAUUAUUUUUCUGAAUUAUAAAUUAAAGUACAGAUUAAGAUUUCCUUUAUGAGUCCCACAACGGGGAAAUUUCAAGAAUUACAGCAGCAAAGUGGAUAGCAAAAAUAAACAAUAAAUAGUAAACAGCAGUAUAAACAAGAAUAUAAGAUGUAUUAGCAAAUAAACAAGUAAAAAAUAUAAAGUAUUAACAAUUUACAGUAUAAACAAGUAGAAAUACCAAAAAAGAAUAGUUUUACCUGCCAUCUACAGAUAUUGAGCAUCAUCAGACAAAUUUAUUUUAACAUUUUAAAUUUGUUUAAAAUGCCUGCUUUUUAAAGAGUUGGUGAAGUGGUACUUAAAGUAUCAAAAAUAAAAGUACCCCUUAUGCAGAAUGGCCACACACAGAUUGUAAAUUUUAACUACUUAAAAUGCUUUUAUGUGGUUUAAUUUUUUAAACAUGCUUAAUCAUUUUAAAUUGAUAAUUUUUUUCAUGUUAAAUCUUGACCUGAAAAGUAACUAAAACUGGCAGGUAAAGCGGAGUAGAAGUUUAAAGUUAUAUAUGUGGAAAAUGUACAAUUCCCUCACAACUGUACUUAAGUAUAGUACUUUAGUAAAUGUACUUAGUUACAUUCCACCACUGGAAGCUGGCUAGUAGUUAAUACGAAUUUAUAGAAAUGAUGCAAAUUGAAUUGUGAUGGAUUUACAACGUGUGCAGCAUGUCAUGAGGAACAGACUUCACAUUGCUUUAUUAUUAGAGGUCUUACUCUAAAACAGUUGGGAACCACUGAGCUAAAGCACACCUGCAACACCGCAUAAGGACAAGUUUACAGUUUGGGGGAAAAUGUGCCCCAGGUAAGAGAGAACUUCAGACUCUAAAAACUUCUGCAAAAUAAAUCCUGCAAACUCCAUUUCGGUCCCCUGUGAGGGAUGAUGAAACCACGGCUUCUGUGUCAGGAUGAAUAACUCAACAGCUGUUAAAGAUUCAUGAGGCCGAAUGAGAAUAGAUGAACAAAUUGGCCUGUUUUUUUUUUUUUAACAGUGUCAGCGGCCAUUUUUGUGUUGAGAACAGAAUGUCUCCUUCACGGAAGUCUCCUCUCCCCAAGCUGACCCUUUUGUGUUUCCAUUCCCCGGUAUUUCUCAGUGAAAACUAGGUUUAGAAGACAGUGAGAAUGUCUGUAGUGAUUGUCGAUGGUGUUGUAGUGCAAACAUCCAUCACAAAUGUAAGCGUAGAUGAGGGUGUGUUUCAUUUUAUUAUCUUCUUCUCCUUCUCCCCCUUUUUACCGCCCUCUUCCCCUCUUCCUACCCCCUGUCUUCUUAACAUUUCCAAGCCUUGUUGUCCCUGUUCACAGUAUUAGGCUGGAUUAUGGUUGUGUGGUAGUAGACACGUGUCUUUGUGGUCGGUGAGUCAGUGUUGUCGUGUUAUGAUUUGUUGCUCCUGGUGAUGUCAUCGAACACGGAGCAUUGAUUGGAUCAGUGGAGACAAAAGAUGAAAGGGGUGACCCAGGUUCCCUAAAAAAACAAACAUUGGUUCCCAUUUCAUGCCCUACCCAUUCCUUAAAAAAACACUUCUGGAACUUUCCCUCUCUUCUCAGUGCCGCUCCGGGAUCUUUCUCUGGAUAUGAAAACCCAUGGACUGUACUGUAUGUAUUUUCUCUGAUGAUAUCUUGUCACACUUUAACUUACAAAUGCAGAAAAGGGGGUUGGGUUGUUUUAAUACCGUGAGCCUGCUCUCACUCUCUGCCUACUCGCAGAGUCAUUUUGUCAAGGAAGCAGUUCAUUCAUGAAAAAAAGACAUUUUUCAUGUUGGUCAGGGUUGAAAAUAAGCCUUUGUAUCUAUUCAAGCUUCACAAGCCUUUGAAAGCUAGAAGAGGCUUUUUAAAAAAUCCUUGCUGUCCCCUCUAGCUUCAAUCCCCUGCCAGAGAUCCAUUAUCAAAGGCCUCAGAAAUACAUUAAACAUUUUAAUUGACAGACACUUUGCCAAACAAUUGUUCAGCAGCUCUCUUAACAAAAAAAAAGGUGCCAGUACACACAGCUUUGCAGCCAAGGCAUCGCCUCAGUCUGGCUGACAGACUCUCUGUGUUUGUAGAUACGGAGAAGCGUGAGCUUGAUUCAUCUCCUCUGCCAUGAUUCUUGAGAAAGUAGGCUGAGCGAUCCCUCGCUCCCUCCUCCGGUUCGCCCUUGCCUGGGGUUGGUGUACUGUAGUCUAGACGCCCCAUUUACAGCAGCAGCAGAAACAUUACUGUUAGUAUACUUUCCACUGGGGAACUCUUCAAAGACGCAGACCAAAAUAAGGCAAACCCUUAGACACCGAUAAUCAUGGCGUCAUUACAGCCGAGCCUAAAUUAUUCAUUUUUUAUUUUGUAACAUUGUUUUUGGUCUAUUUCUCAAUUAAGGGACCAAUACUCUGUUCUCUUACUAUUUGGUUGGUUUUGCUCCAUGCAUUUCCUCAAACAACUCCUCCAAACCAUACAACCACACUGAUUUGGUUUCAUUCAUUUUUUAUUUGUUCCAACCCCAAAAAACAAACAUACAUAUAUCAUUUUAUGUUAAAUUGUUACAUUUUUGGAGUUGAAAUUUAGGUAACAAAACUACUACUACUACUGCUUCACAAGUGAUGUUAAAGUGUGUGAUGAAGCUGCACAUAGAAGUUAACUUACAUAUGUAACUUAAAAUAACAAGGCUGAAUUUUUUGUUUCACUGGGGACACAAACACCAUUCUCCUGAGCAAAAAUUACUGAUUUUGUUUGGUCCACACACCCUAAGUGGCCUUUGUCAUUCUUUGUACUCCAUAUCCUCAGUUCUGCCAUGCAUUUUACACUCCAUAAUCUUAAUUUCACUUUAGCCUCUGUCAUAAUUACUACGACCACAAGAGGACACAGCCUAACUAUCACACAUUAAAAUAGGUCGUAAUUAGCAUAAUAUAUGCAGUUGUUUUUCGGAGGAGGACAGUCUAACAGUUUCUCUAAAUGAACCCAUCUCAUACUCCAGAUCCUCCAGCUGCUGUUUUCCACUGGAUUAGACUUGAGUUAAAUUAUCAGAGCUGAGAGGAGCCUUAAUGGGAUGGCGGAGAAGUGAGCUCGGCUGAUUGGGUGAUUACUUGGUUUAUUAGUCUCAUUUCUGUAAUAGACCUUUCAGAACAGCAUGUCAUACAAAACCUGGAGGCUGAAAUCUACGUUUUCUGUAAUUGUAUGAAGAGAAGGUGAUACAAAGCAGUCAGUGUUAACUGACAGUUAGGUUGAAUUGGACACAUGUAAGUAUUGCAGAAGGAUUGUUUAAAGCACCUUAAACAGUACAACUGCUUCAUCUUAACCUUGACCAGACUAUUGCAGCUGCCCCCCUUUCUAUGUGGCAAUACUGACCCCAAGUGGUCAACGUGAGUAACAGCAACAAAUGGGACCAUUCUGCUGAUGCUGAUGUACCAGUGUUAUUGUAUGUGGUGGGGAAAAUAAAACAACAGCUCUGGGUCUCAUACAGCGAAACACUAAAGAGAGUAAAUUGACUGUUAGCGUCAUAAGUCAGUGCUUCACUGAUUUUUUUUCCUAUAGCCAUAGUGUGACCUCCUCUCCGCUGUGGGUGUCUGCCCUCAGCCACCUGUAGAGAGGCCUCCAUCUGAUCAAAAGCAACAGUUCUGAUCUGGUUUGCUGGGACUCAGUUUGACAAAUACCUUCUGAAGCCCCCGCCAGUCUCACCACAACCACAACUAACAAUACCUAACCAUGAUAAGACGUCACAGCAUCAUUCUUUCUCUGUAUAUGACUGAGAGCUGAUCGGCAAACGGUCGGCUCCUCUCUAGAGACAAAAACUUUCUUUCUUGUGGUCUUAGCAGGUUUAAUCUAUGCAUGCCUUUUGUAUACAGUGAUUGGUCUUGCCAAACUCUCACCUACACUUGUACGGAGAGCUAUGGGUGCCAUUGUUGCUGGCCAUGGGACUGGUUGAAACCGUAAGAGCAGGUGGGACCAUUAAAGUGUUUGUAAUCUGGUACAAAUAAAUGAAAGCAAGGGGGGCAAAGAAUCACCUGCUCCUGAAUAUUUAAAGUAGUGUGCAUCUUACAAAAGAAGCAUUUGUUUACUUGGGAUGAUUGUACUUUUACACAUAUCUAUCCACGCACAGAGGAUGUGUAAGCUGUAGAUAAAAUGAUUGAUAUUCCAAGCAGGAUGGUGGGACUGAUCAAUGCUGUAUGGGGAUGGGAUUAUUAAUGGCAUACUUUCAUUGAUCUAUCUUGAACCUUGCCACUCUCCCAGAAUCCCUCUGGAGUAGGAGGAGGCGUACAGAGCUCUUACAGACCUGGUUGGCACUCAUUCCUAGGUUUCCACAUUACCUUUUAAGAUGAUUUAAGAACGAGAUGGUGCCAGAUUUCGACUUUUGUGUCCCAGGUCUGAGCCGAUGUAACGCUCUCUCACCUCCUCCACUCUUCAGAGGAAGCUGUCACUCCAUGGUAUAGCUCUGUACUUGUUGGAGCCCUCUAAUGGAAAGUUUAUUUCUCAAAUUUGGAUGCGAUAAACUUCUUCUCUCCUCUUUCUCUCUCUCUCUGUCUCUGUCUUCCUCUAUUUCUUUUCUCUCCGCUUCUUUUCUCUCUGUCUCUCUAUCAACCCGGCACCGACCUCGUUAAACAUUUCAGAAUAUUUUUCAUCGAUCCCUAUCAGUUUUUAAUGCAUAUUUGUUCCCCGUUGUCAUUAAUGACUCCUGAAACCUAGGAAUGGGUGCUGAGCGCUCCAAUUAAAUGCAGAGCUAACAUAAAGACAAGUUGUUUAGCUUGUCAUAUUGAAUGGUGUCAACUGAUCAAUCAUUGAAGCAUAUGUCUGGCUCAUAAUAGAGA